UUACCGGCGUUACGUGGUUUUGUGUUCUGUUUAGUUUCGUAUCGUGCAUUUUGAAAAUUAAUAAUGGCAGAUAACAAGGAACGUACCUUCAUUAUGAUCAAGCCGGAUGGUGUACAACGUGGACUUGUCGGCAAGAUAAUUCAACGUUUUGAGGACAAAGGUUUCAAACUUGUAGCGAUGAAAAUGCUGUGGCCAUCUGAGGAUUUAUUAAAGAAGCAUUACUCAGAUUUGUCAUCCAGACCAUUUUUCCCAGGUUUAGUUAAAUACAUGAGUUCAGGACCAGUUGUACCUAUGGUAUGGGAAGGUUUAAAUUCUGUAAAAACUGGUCGUGUUAUGUUGGGAGAAACAAACCCAAAGGAUUCUGCACCUGGUACAAUUCGUGGUGAUCUUUGUAUUGAGGUUGGACGCAAUAUUAUUCAUGGAUCUGAUUCUGUUGAAUCUGCCAACAAGGAGAUUAAACUUUGGUUUGGAGGAGAAAAAGAAGUCACUGAUUGGGCAUCUUGGGCAGAAAAAUGGAUUUAUGAAUAAGAUAUUAAUUUCAUCAUAUAUACUGCCA